CCAAUAAAAUCAAGACAUGAGUUGACUGAAGUUCCAGUUGAAAUACCUAAUACAAGUAUUGAUUUGAAAGGGCCGAUUGAGUAUAUUGGAAGAAUAACAUCAAUUAUAGAUCAAAAUUUUAUUAUAAAAUACAACAAUUCAGGUGAAUAUCGAAUUUUAAAAGAAAACUCUAUUCUUUGUUUUGAAGACCGGAAAAUUUUAGGGCCUUUGUUUGAGGUGUUUGGAUCAGUGUAUCAACCAUUCUUUAGAGUUAUUAUUCCAAAUGAUGAAAAUGGUAAGACAAUGCUAAAAGAAAGAAAAAUCGGUGAUAAGAUAUUUUAUGAUGUUGCAAAUACUGAUUUUGUAUUUACUCAAGAAAUUAAA